CCCCAGCUAUCGUUGAUGACGCAGUCAAAAAUGGACCAACACGUUCACUCCCACCGAGUAACUGCUUGAUUUUAUAGUAUUAUUACCUUUAUUGUUUACUUGAAACAGUGAUCCACUAGUGGAAAGAAAAAGUGGUUAUGGCUGCUCCGCUGAAAGUAUGUAUUGUUGGUUCAGGAAACUGGGGCUCUGCAAUUGCAAGAAUUAUUGGAACAAAUGCACAGAAACUCCAGCACUUUGCCACCACAGUCAAGAUGUGGGUUUAUGAAGAAAUGGUCAACGACAAAAAGCUCUCAGAGAUCAUCAACACAGAACACGAGAAUGUCAAGUACCUCCCGGGCUACAAACUCCCAAAGAAUGUGGUCGCAGUGCCACAGCUUCGGGAUGCUGCAGAGGGUGCCGACCUCCUGGUUUUCGUGGUCCCUCACCAGUUCAUCCGGAAACUGUGUGAUGAGAUGGUGGGCUGUGUUUCUGAGAAGGCUCGUGGAAUUACAUUAAUCAAAGGCAUUGAUGAAGGACCAGAAGGAAUGAAGCUCAUCUCUGAUAUCAUUCGGGAAAAAAUGGGCAUUGACGUCAGCGUCCUAAUGGGAGCCAACAUUGCCAAUGAAGUGGCGGCCGAGAAGUUCUGCGAGAGCACCAUUGGCAGCAAGGUGUUGGAGAACGGCGUCUUGUUUAAAGAGCUCCUGCAGACGCCUAAUUUCAGAAUCACCGUGGUGGAUGAUGCUGACACAGUAGAGCUCUGUGGAGCCCUCAAGAACAUUGUUGCAGUGGGCGCAGGCUUCUGUGAUGGUCUGCAGUGUGGAGACAACACCAAAGCAGCUGUCAUUCGGCUGGGAUUGAUGGAGAUGAUCACCUUCGCUAAACUCUUCAGCAAAGACGAUUCUGUGUCUUCCGCCACAUUCCUUGAGAGCUGUGGCGUGGCUGACCUCAUCACCACCUGCUACGGAGGACGAAACCGGCGCGUGGCAGCGGCUUUUGCCAAGACAGGGAAGAGCAUCGAGGAACUGGAGAAGGAGAUGUUAAAUGGACAAAAGCUUCAGGGACCAUUGACUUCUGCUGAGGUCUAUCAUAUCCUCAAACAGAAGGGCCUAGUGGAUAAGUUCCCCCUGUUCACAGCUGUUUAUCAGAUCUGUUUCGAGGGCAAGCCAGUUCAGGACAUGAUCACCUGCCUGCAGAGCCAUCCAGAGCACCUGUGAGAGUCCCACAUUGUCCCCCUUCUCCACCACCGUCCACUAUGGUCUGUUAUGUUGUCCUACUGUACCUCUAACAUUUCUCAUUUUUUUUUUUUUUUUUUUUUUUUUUUUCAUAUAAUGUUGUUUUUUAAGCUUCUUUUUUGUCCCAGGUCCAGUUCUAAACUACUGGUUAGGCUUGAACUCAGGGGUUGUUUCUAACCUAGCAAGUGUUGUUGUUAUCAAACAUGACAAUGUACUCAAAGAGAUUUUUCAGAAAAGCUAUUAUCUAGUCUGUUAUGAACAUUAUGGAGUUUUUAACUGUUUUCUCUCUGUCUGACUGCCCUCUUGUGGAUGGUCCACAAUAUCACCUCACUGACAGAGAGAUGAAAUGCCUCUUUAUAAAUUAAUUACUACAGAGGUCUCUUCAUAGAGGCUCACUACACGUUCAUAUUAAAGGGAUACUCCAUCCCAAAAUAAAAAUUUUGUCAUUAAUCACUUACCCCAAUGUCGUUCCAAACGCGUAAAAGCUUU